UUUGUUGCAAUUCAGACGGAGUGGGGGAAGUGAAGUGGCGUCUGUUUCGUCCACUUUUAACACCACGAAAUCUUCGACGGUGACGGGUUUUUAGGAAAUAUAGCUUGCUGUGCUUCCUACAUAGUCCGCUCAGAGAUUUCAGAGGCUGCUCUCAUAUUUUUCUUCCGACGAAAGGUUUCAACCGCCAAGCCUGAAGAAGUCGGCUUAGGGCUUCUUGGAGCGCCGUGCGCCGAGGUGAAUUGAUGUUCAGCUCGGUUCCACGAGAAAACAACGCUCCUUGGCACAUGAAAACCUCAGACCUUGCUGGACACAAAAGUGCAGCGAGAAGUAGACAGAAAGCUACUUCGAGGACCUGGGGACCGAUUGGCGGCGAAAGAUUGAAGAGGGGUCUCUGCUUCGUCAACUUUCUGACAACAAAGAGGUGACACACAGUGCAAAAGCAGUAUGGGAGGUGGAGAGAGGUACAACAUUCCAGUUGCCCACCCCGAGCGCCCCUUUCCCAAGAAGAACCAUCAGUUUGGCCGGGCUAAGCAGAGAAGCCGUGACCAGAACGGAGCAGCAGCAUCUGCAGGAGGGACGGGGGGCCUUCACCACCAUGGCCACCGCCGGAGCGACAAAGGCGCAGCCUACCACAGGUCUCCAGAGGCGCGGCAGGCCGCGUCUGCAGAGAAGAAUGCUUCUGUCCGUUUUGCCACCAAUUAUGAUCAGAACUGGGAGGGUGCAGUGUCUCACCUCAACACACUCCUGGCUACCCAGGGAAGUCCGAGCUACGCAGGGCCUAAGUUCAGCGAGCCACCAUCGCCCAGCGUGUUACCCAAACCCCCCAGCCACUGGGUGUCCUUCCCAAUGGGGUCCUGUGACAACAGGGAGAUGAUGGCCUUCCAGCUCAAGAGCCUCCUCAAAGUGCAGGCCUGAGAAGGAUAGCCACACUUGAUCGUUUUUUAAAAAAAAAAAAAAAGCCAACGUAGGAACUGGGACUCUUUUGAAGACAGCCACCCAUCAGGAACACCGCAAUGCUGUAAUACUUUUAGCUUUUUUUUUUUUUUUUUUUUUUUAGAUUGACUACCUUUGGGGUUAGGAGGCAUUUGCAGCAAUGUUUUGCUUCUGAUGUUUAUAACCAUUUUUUAAAAAUCCAAUAUUUCAAAAUUUUACAGCUUUGCAGCUUUGUUGGUGGGUGGUGCCUUUAGUGGAGUCUGUCUGUGACUAAUGACAAACUGGAUUUCCUUUGUGCUUCUAUUUGUUUUGUUCUUUUUGAUGUUGGCUGUCAAAGCAGAUUGAGUGUUUUGUUUUUUUUUUCUCUCCCAAACAAGGGCUAUAGUAUAGGUCAGGUAAGUUCUCAUCACUUUCACGACCCCUUUCUUUGGAAAGAAGCUUUUUCAUUUACACAAGUUUUUAUUGAUGAUCCUUGAAUCCUCCUUCAGAGUCACCUCUGAACAUUCAGGUGCUAAAGCAAACUCACCUUUGUAGGCUUUUUCUUUUUUCUUUUUUUUUCCUUUUUGAGACUAGGGCCCAAAUUUUUUUUUUUUUUUUUUUGCGUAUCCUGUUCCUUGUUUGGGUUGGAAAAGACACUCAACUGCAAUUCUGCAGGGAAAAAAGCUACCUUACUGUAGAUAAUAAGCUGUAGUCAGUAAGUACAGGUCGAAAGUAUAACCUCAAACUGAAGGGUAAUAAGAGCCCAUGGCACACAGGCCUUGGACUGUCAACUCCUGUAUCUUUUUUUUAUUGCGCUGUGCGCACAUGCACUAUAGGAGUUGAACUUGUCUAAGGCCCACAACACUCUUGUCAUAGCAUUAUUUUGUACAAAGUCCUGUUUUGUUGUGGUCAGAAGAUGUAUGAAGUGCUGUAUUUUAACCAAAGCAAUGUAAAAAAAAAAAUUUCUUUCUUACGCUAGACAUCCUCUAUACGUGGUUGGCAUUAUUGUCAUUGCCACUUUAACCUUGCCAGUCCAAGUGGGGAAUGGGUUACAGUCCCCAGGGUCACCCUUUAACUAUUUAUCUGUUUCAAUCAGCAGUGUUACUGCUCCUCAGUCUCUGCCUAUUAAGGACAGUGCUGCAGCUUUGACAUGUGGAAGAGGGCCAGACUUAGAUGUGGGGCUGUUGAGUUUCACUUUCUCUCUGCCACAUGACAUGGUCCUGUUGGCUGCAUGCAUUUGUAAGCAAGGUAAGGCAGAGCUGAGGAAGGUUCCUGAAGUGGCCCGAGGGACUCAACAUGAGGCAGGUGGCUGGUGUUUGUGUUUACAAAAUAGGUCUCGAUGUUUGACCAACCCAUAAUCAACAGGCACUUGCUGCCUCUUGGCUCUGCUUUUUUUUUUUUUUUUAACCCUCUUGCACUGCAAUCAGACAGAUUUUUUUUUUUUUUUCCCUCCCCAUAAGUUACAGGCCAGGAUGGUAUUGAAAUGACGGUGGCGUAAAUGACUAUCUCCCUAUGGAAUCUCUUUGUGAUUCUGUCUUCUAUUGGGGCUCUUUUUACUUUCCCUUUGCAGAAUUGGAGCUGUUUAUGGCCAGCCUAAAGAUUACAAAACAAAAUAUGAGAGCUUGUUAGUGUAUUCAAGAGCCAUGUAAAUAAUGAAAUGUAUAAAGUACUUGUAGCAUAUGUACAUUUGCAGACCAAGUUUGAGGUCUGCCUGACAAAAGUAUUUUUAGUAAUAACACUGAAUGUAUAAGACAUGCUAUGGACAUGUCUUGACUUCAAUACUGAAGAAUAUUUUUGUUAAAAAAAUCUGCCUAUAGCAUUUGUCAGUACCCCUGCACUGUUAUCUUUCCAGAGAUCUUGCACAUGUUUUUUAUUGUUUUGUAUUAUGCAGUGUAGGGUGAAAUAUGCUAAGUGCAAAUUAAGCAAACUGCAACAACUAUCAAUUGGAUGUUAGGAGACUUUUCAUAUGUAUGGAUUUGAGUUCUGGAUGUGCUUACAAUACGUAAGUGUGAUGCUUUUAAUCUUGAGUUGACCCGUUUGUGCCUAAGUUGAAACCCAUGCUGAAACAAUUUAAUUAGGUAGCAACGCCACAAAUUGACCAGAUGUUUUCAUCAGAACCACAUUCAAUUCUCCGCUGUUCUUCCACCAGCUGACAAUUGAAUUUGGCCCCAUGCUGUUCUUACCCUCUAUGGGUUUUUCAUGUAGACAUUUUCUUUCUUCCUGUUUGAGCCAUGCAUGGCAAAGUCUCCUUAUUCUAAAUUUGAAACUCGUAACGAAUUGGCUAUGAAUUUGUCCCGCUGAUACAAUGUCACUGAAGAUGAAGAGAACAUAUGCCCCAUUUUAAGAUUAGUAUGAAUUGUUGGGAAAAAAAACAAAUGUAAAAGACUGCACUCUGAAUUGAUGACAAAAUUUUACAAAAAAGAAAAUAAACCCCUUCCCCCUCCCCCCUA